CGAUGAAGGCAAAGGGCAAAAUAACCUGCUUCUGCAGGUGGUGUUUGUGUGAGAUAAGAUUAACUCCAGAGUUGUUUUAAGUCAUAUUUGUGUUAGGAAUUUGAUAAAACAUUUGUAAUAUCUGUGUAUAAUACAUUUAGACCAUUAAAAAUAUUUGCAGUAAGCCUUUGCCAUGAUUUAGCGAGAAAAAUUGUCAUUAUUGAAUAAUAGCUAUGAUAUUUGGUAUAUGAUUUGCAACAGGUAUUCAAUGAUUCAGGCUGAGCAAAUUUAGAGAGGAACUUACCAUAAUGUUUAGUUUAUAAUCUCUAUGCAUACACGUCUUUUACUUUCAUUUUUAAUGUUUUGAAAUGUAUAAAAGUUGCUUUUCGUUUCGAAGAAAUUUUGAGCAUUUUCCUGUAAUUUUAUACAUUCAGGUGUCAAUUGGAAAGUCUGACUCACUGACUUACAUGAUAUAUCUAUUGAAUUGUUUUGUAGAAAUUAUAAAAGAGUGAAAAUUUUCGAUGUCUGAGGGUCGAGGAAGAGGAAAUAAAGGAAGGGGAAGACGUCGAGGUCGUGGACGUCGUCGUGGUGGGAAUGAAGCACGAACGAAUGAAAGUGUAGCUCCUAGCGGUUUACAAGAUACAAGAUCAAGUGAUAGAGGAGCCAUUGCUUUGACUGUUGAUGAACCAACACCAACUGUCGCACAAGCAACUCCUUCUCAAGAAUUUUAAGUCAGUGAAGAUAAAGAACAAACGAGAAAAAUUUCAAAGAAAUAAGGUCAAAGAAUAAAGAAGCAAGAACAGACUUCUCAACAAGAAACAACAUCUGCUCAAGCAAGCAAUGUUCAAAUUCCCACAGCUCAACAGGAUGUUGAAACCUUAGCAGAAAAUGUCAUACAGUUAAAAGUUCAAGAACAAAGUGAUUCUACAGAUGCUGUAUUUCCUAGAGGAAUAUAGGAUGGUGAAUAUUGUGUGGUGAUUGUAAAAAGAUACUUGGUUGUAGAUAUAGGAUAUAGAUGGAUGAUUGUAGGGGAUAUAGGGUGAUGGUAAAUAUAUACAUUACCUAAUUUGAAGAUGCAAUUGAUUUAACUUUCUUGUUGAGUUGUUGUGUGGUUUGCUUAUUGUAAUGUCAAUCUUUUUAUUUAUCGCUACAAGGUGCAGAAAACCAUGAAGAAAAGGAUGACGAAGAUCUUAUACAAAAAGCUGAAAUGGAAUUUUUUGCUGUAAUUGAUACAGAGAAGAAAUCACACGAAGCAAAAGAGAAACAACAGCAAGAAUCGUUAAAACAAAUGAAUAGAACAUUAAGGAAAGAUGGUAGAAACAAAAAAGAGAUUUACUAUAAGAACAACUUUCGGAAAAGGAUGAGAAGUUAUAAAAGAGUGAAAAUUUUCGAUGUCUGAGGGUCGAGGCAGAAGAAAUAAAGGAAGGGGAAGUCGUCGAGGUCGUGGACGUGGUCGUGGUGGGAAUGAAGCACGAACGAAUGAAAGUGUAGCUCCUAGCGGUUUACAAGAUACAAGAUCAAGUGAUAGAGGAGCCAUUGCUUUGACUGUUGAUGAAACAACACCAUCUGUCACACAAGCAACUCCUUCUCAAGAAUUUCAAGUCAGCGAAGAUAAAGAUCAAGCAAAAUCAACUUCUAAAAAACAACGUCAAAGAAGGAAGAAGCAAGAACAGACUUCUCAACCAGAAACAACAUCUGCUCAAGCAAGCAAUGUUCAAAUUCCCACAGCUCAACAGGAUGUUGAAACCUUAGCAGAAAAUGUCCAGCAGUUAAAAGUUCAAGAACAAAGUGAUUCUAGAGAUGGUGGAUUUCCUGGAGGAAUAUAGGAUGGUGAAUAUUGUUUGCUGAUUGUAAAAAGAUACUUGGUGGUAGAUAUAGGAUAUAGAUGGAUGAUUGUCGGGGAUAUAGGGUGAUGGUAAAUAUAUACAUUACCUAAUUUGAAGAUGCAAUUGAUUUAACUUUCUUGUUGAGUUGUUGUGUGGUUUGCUUAUUGUAAUGUUAAUCUUUUUAUUUAUCGCUACAAGGUGCAGAAAACCAUGAAGAACAUGAUGACAAAGAUCUUAUACAAAAAGGUGAAAUGGAAUUUUUUGCUGUAAUUGAUACAGAGAUAAAAUUACACGAAGCAAAGGUGAAACAACAAGAAUCGUUAAAACAAAUGAAUAGAAUAUUAAGGAAAGAUGGUAGAAACGAAAAAGUGAUUAACUAUAAGAACAACUUUUGCAAAAGGAUGAGGUAUUUAUUGAAAUAUAAACAUCCAUACAAACAUAAACACACAAAAUUAUACUACUUAAAAUUUCUUUAGUAGGAUGAGGCUGUUUUGGACUCACCAAGCAGUUGAAGAAAUGAUAGAGUAUAAUUUUAUCAAUAUUUGCUAAAAAAACUCACAUAAUUUACUAUAAAAUAUACUUUGAUAUUGAUUAUAAAUAAAAGUCCUUUUUAAACAAGCUUGCCAUACUAAACUAGCAGUACAACUAAAAUGGAAGCAAAUCAA